CUCUCUUCUUCCUCGUCGUCGGAGUUGGUCGGAAUAAAAAUCAGGGCUUUUUUUUUUUUCUUCGCUGCCGAUUUGCAGAGGAAUGGAGGCUGUGCAAUCGAUUGGGGAAGCAAUCGAGCUCAUUGAUGCGAAGAAGGAAGGCCUCAAGAAGGCCUACGACGACCUUCAGGCGAGCUUCCCCUCUGUCCUCCCUUCCUUCUCCCUCACCUGGUCCGAUCUCGACUCGCACUUCACCUCCCUUCGGGACUCGCUGACUCAGCGGCUCCGCCUUCUGGAGUCUCUCGAGUCCGGUCGCCAGACCCAGCAGGACGGCUGCGGAAUCGCCGGAACUUGCCCCCCCGCACCGUCAGACCAGCCCAAUGUGGACGCAGUUGACUCGGCGCCUGCUCGCCCGGGCUCGGGUUUCUCAGCCGACCAAGUCCCUCCGGAAGCCACUGCUGAGCUAGCCUCUGGAAAUGACCCGCCGCAGUCUUCCAAGCCGCCGAGUGCAGACCGGGACGACUCGGUGCCGGCUCGUCUCGGCUUGGAUUCCUCACCUAAUGCAGAAGCUCAAGCUGAGUUCCCCAGCGCUAGCCAUCAAGAGCAAAAUCCAGCCUUGGAAGCUAAUCCUCUCACAUCUCCAGCCCUGGUUAGUGAGGCUGGAGUCUUUACGGGACCGGCUCAUCCCGAGUCAAAUCCCUCACCUCUGCCACGGUCACGGGAUGCGCCGGAACCGAGUGCAGUCGAGCCUAGGCCUGAGGUAAAGGCUUUCUGCUCGAAGGUUGACGGAGGAGGGUUGAUAAAGUAUGUGAUUGAUCACGCAAACGAGCGAGGAGCUAUUCGAGCCCAACUCGCUCUCGAAAUCCGCAACUGUCCUGAUCCUGCCAAGCUGAUUCUCGAUGCCAUGGGAGGGUUUCACCAAACUGAGAAGGCCAAGGAGGAUACUUCUCUCCUGAAACCGACGAAAAUAAAGACUAUGAGGAGCAGCUGUAUUUUUCUCUUGGAGGUACUGAUGAGUGUGAGUCCGCAUCUCACCGACCGAGCAAAGAGGAGAGCGAAAGGUUUGGCUUUGAUGUGGAAGAAGAGGACGCAGAAGGACGCCUCGAACCAUGCCCAGAUCUUGGGUUUUCUACUUAUGGUGGCGGCCUUUGGGCUUGGUUCGGAGUUUAGCUUUGAAGAUCUUGCGGAAUACUUUGUUAUUGUCGCUGCUUCUAAUCGUGCUCCUGAGCUGUGUCGGCGUAUCGGUCUGGGGGAUGGGAUCCCGGAUCUUAUUCAGAAACUCACAAGGGAACGAAAGGAACUUUUGGCGGUAAGAUUCAUUUUCGAUUUGGGGAUGAACGAGAAAUUUCCGCCAGUCCCCAUUUUGAAGACCCAUCUGGACAGGUUGAAGGAGUUCACGGAGAAGGUUUGCGAGGAUAGGAAGAAGUCUCCUCAGUCGCAGCGAGAGGCCAUUGACAGGGAAAUUAAGGCGUUGGAGUCGGUAGUAAAGAUCAUCGAAGACCGCAAGCUUGUUGGAGAGUACCCUAAGCAAGAGCUCCAUGAUCGUAUUCAGCAGCUCGACAAGCUGAAGGCUGAAAAGAAAUGGGCCGCAAGGGCUCAGGAGCCACAGAACACACAGGUGAGCAGGAACAAGCGCCCGCGAGCUAAUCCUGCUGGUUUUGUUCCACAGCUGGGCUCGAGUUCAGCACCUUAUGGCUUCGUGGACCCUGCUUCAGUGGGUGCUCCUUUCUCGUACCCGGCGGCCUCUGUCAGGCAUUAUGGCUUUCCAGGUGCUGCUCCUCCACGGCCUCAUCUGUACCAGCCCGAGUGGCGAGGGCCAUCUCUAUAUAGAAAUGCGCCGUUGCCUCCUGAUUAUGGUGGAUAUGGCAUAUCCCCUCAACACAAUUCGCCCUACUACCCUUAUUAGUUUCCACGUCACUUGCUCCGUUAGACAAAAGCCAAAGCCUCUGAUAGAAGUACGAGAAAAAAUCGACCUAGUACUCAUCAUCGAAAAAUGUACAGUUACAGAGAUCUUUCGUGUAAGACAGAUCUUCUGCGGGUUGCUAAUGCAGUUCUAGUUCGAUCACCAGA